CAGAUUCAUAACCUGAAUGUAAAUAGUGAGUGGAGGAGUGGACUGAUAAGCUCCUGUGAGAUAUUCUCAAGCUUUGCUUUGAUAUCGGGUUGUGCUGUUUUAUUUUUGUGCUAAAAGUCUGCAAGCCAUGAUGUACGACGAAAGCAUAGAUGUACCAAAUGCAGAAGAAGUGCGAAGUCCAACGCCAGAGAGCUUAGCCAGCAAUACAAGUAGAAAUGGCCAUGAUGACCCCAAGAUGAAAGAACCUAUGCGGCAGAUGACUUCACGGAUGAGCAAGGCGAGGCCGAUGUCAGGCGUUGUCCGAGGCGGCACUCAACAAACUCACGUAUCUGCGGAGCUGGACUCUGAUCUCUCGGACAACAGUGAAGACGAUGACGACGAUGUCCAAGCCGCUCUCCUGGAGGGGUCGUACAACCCGAGAGAUUACGACCACCUGAAUGUUUCUCAGGACAUCAGAGAAGUAUUUCAGUACAUAACUUGUUACACUCCUCAGAAUAUGGAGUUGGACUACAAGUUGAGACCAUUUGUCCCAGACUUCAUCCCAGCUGUUGGUGACAUUGAUGCGUUUCUGAAGGUUGCCCGACCUGACGGACAACCAGAUGGCUUGGGGCUGACUGUACUAGACGAGCCUUGUGUCACACAGAGUGACCCGGCCGUGCUGUGUCUACAGCUGAGAGUCACCACCAAGCAGUCCUCGGCCAAAGCUAUGGUUGUCAAAAAAGUAGAAGAAGCUGACAAGAACCAGAAGGCCAUUGACAGGUGGAUUCAUGACAUCAGUGAGUUGCAUAAGAGUAAGCCAGCUCCUACUGUGCAAUACUCUAGACCGAUGCCGGACAUUGACAGUUUGAUGCAGGAGUGGCCGCCUCAGUUUGAAGAGAAGCUCAACCAGCUCGGACUAUCUACAGGAGAGUUGGAUUGUGACCUGCCUACCUUGGUGGACAUCAUCUGUGCACUUUUUGAUAUUCCUCGAUAUGAAUCAAGGAUUGAAUCUCUGCAUGUCCUGUUUUCUCUUUACUCGGCGAUAAAAAACUCCCAGUUCCAAAAACCUGAGGAUAAUUAAUUUUUAUUUUAAAGCUUGAAGAGAUUCCUAAGGAAGUGCAUGGAUCUCUAAGACCCAAAAGUCAAUAGGCCUAAUGCAUGCAACCCAUAUUCGGCUACUCUUCU